GCCAAUAAUGACGUAAUCGUAACCUAAUGUCUGUUUUGUUGAUGUAUUCACUGAACGCCUCAAACACUUAGCCAUCGAUUCAGUGGUCAUUCAAUUGGAUCCAAAUCAAUGUCUUUGAGUGCAAACCAUAACUGUUUGACAAUAUCUGGCAUUUCGGCGAUCAUUGCCACCAAAGGACACACAAAAUGCUCACAAAUAGCCAAACGAUUGCCUAUUAAUCAGUGAUUUUAGUGUUAAAUGCAUUCAAAUUAUCUAUAAUUUGAGAAAUGAUUUACUUCUUGAAAAUCACUUUCAAUUGAUUUGAAGACAAUGUCUUUCUUCAGACGCAAAAAAGAGACGCGGAACCCGUCGUUGGCGUCGAUGCUGUCGAUGAAUAGCUCUUCGUCUGACUCGGUGUCCAUCCAGUCAUUGAACGGCUCCAUCAAUGGUCUGUCGCUGGAUGUGACGAGUGGUGGCCAGUCGUGUCCGCCAACGCCUGUGUCAUCGAAGUCUGCGGCGAAGUCGAGUGCGAGGACGGCCUCGAUAUCGACGAUCUCUGCCCUGCAUUCGCACCGUAACGUCAAACCCGUCCAUCAGAUGCUUUUGGCGGAGUCUAUGUACGAGCCCUCCCUUCCCCUCGUCCUCCACAGUCGCUUCAAUCAGACCACACGACAGACACUGAAAGACAACUCUGAGAUGAAGAGCCAAAUCAAGGAGAAGCUGUCGAACAGAAGAUCUGAAUUGAGUUGCGAUCUGUUCGGAAGCGCCCAGAAGUAUGUCAUCGACGCAAUGGAAAGACUGUAUUACGAGCCGUUCCUCAAGAGUUCGUAUUACUGCAAGUUUUCCAUUGACUUUCUGACCACCGAUUCGGUCACUUUGCCGGACGUGCUCUUCAAUAACACACUCUUAGCCACAAAUUUCAUUGAAUUCAUGGAAAGCGAGGGAAUGAAGUCAUACGUGGAUUAUCUGAUUAUGUUUGAGAACUACCGCAAAGUGUCCAACGAUUACGACGACGCCAUCGCUCUCUUCAAUCGCUUCUUCAAAGACAAUACGAGCCAUACGUUAGGAUUCAGUGAUAGUUUUGUGAUGAGUUUGAGUCAAAAGUUAGUGAAAAAUAACUUCAGUAGUGAUUGUUUGGAUUCUUCGGCCGCUAUUCUCAUCCAAUACUUCGAGAAGACUUACUUAAAGCAGUUCAUCGAAAGCCAAUUCUUUAUCGACUAUUUAAACCAUUGCUUUCAAUCGAUUCAAACGGAAGCACACAAUCAUAAGACCCACAAACGGACUAAUAGUGACAGCAGUUAUAACAGUGACUGUAGUUUCGUGAGCUCUUUGAGCACCAAAGACACGGAAGGGUCGGCCACUGCCUCCUCGCCAUCACCGGCGGCCGCCUCGAAGCACAGGCACGACGACCAUCGGUACGACUCGCUGUGGAAGCGGGACUUGAGUGGGAAACUGCAGUUCACUCACGUCGACAAAUACGGCCGCAUAUGGAGUGCGUUAGAGCCGGAGCCGCAACGAGAGGCCGGCCCUCUCGUCAAAGUGAUGAAGAGGUUUGCGCUGCACUCGAGUCCAGACAAAGACAAGGAGGAGAUCGCCUGGAAGAUAGCCACGAUGAUCAUCAACGAUGUCAACCACAGCUGCAACGGUCACACCGACACUCACGAGUUGAGCCAAUCAUAAGUCUAAUAAAUUGUUUGUUUAUUUUCGAUGAGAAGAACAUCUAUUUUCUUAAUGUUGUUAUUCAACUGCAAUACAAAUAUAAAUACCAUAAACGUCUUGAAUGUUAAAUAUAUAUAAUUAUUUAUAAUUAAUUUUUUAUAUAUGAACUUAAAUCUGUUGUUUACUUAA